UUGUCAAAUUAAUGACAGAAAACUAUCAAAGUUAAAAUCACUAUAAAUUCGUGUUACUGUAAUUAGAGUUAUCUUAAUAAACUUUAAUAUUACCAUUAUUAGAAGUUAUAAUUUAAAUUUAAAUAAUGUCUUUUAAUUAUGACGAACUCAGUCACACUGAAAUAUUCGAUUUGCUUAGACAAUGGCGUGAAAACAACGAAAGACGAAGCGAGGACGUAUUAUAUUUUUCCGAAGUUAUUGUUGAGGAUCCACUUCACAAGUUGGGUAGUGAGAAAUAUGUUGUAAUGGAACAAGUCAUCUAUGCAGCUUUGGACUGCCACUACUACACUAUAGCUAAAUUAUGGAUAAUGAUGCUAUCGGAGGAGUUUCCAGGCAGCUUGCGAGUUUUAAGAUAUAAAGCAGCUUGCUUGGAAGCUGAAGAGAAGUAUGAAGAAGCAAUGGAAGUUUUAGAUAGUAUUAUAAAGGCAGAUGAAACAAAUUCAGCAGCUCGCAAACGACGUGUGGCUAUAUUGAAAGCUCAAGGUCUCAUCCAGGAGGCUAUUAAGGAACUGGUUGAUUAUUUAAAAAAGUUUAUGUCAGAUAUGGAGGCAUGGCAAGAGCUCUCUGAGUUGUACUUGCAAGUUCAAGAGUACUCCAAAGCAGCCUUUUGUGCCGAAGAAUUGAUACUACAUCAACCACAUAAUCACUUGAUGCAUCAACGCCUUGCUGAUAUACGUUACACUAUGGGUGGUGUAGACAACCUGGAACUGGCCAAAUCAUAUUACUGUCAAGCACUUAAACUGAACCCUGAUAACAUGAGAGCACUGCUUGGAUUAUUCUUGGUGACCAAUACCCUUCUGAGCCACUACAAGUCAUCGGGCAGCGCGAAACGCAAGGAAGCAUUCAAGCUCUCCCAGUGGGCUCAAUCGGAAGCUACAAAGAUACAGCGCAAAGCACAGCCGCCGCCCACUAUACCAGCCUUGACCAAUAUGAUGCUGUCACUAGCUGUGACUGAUUAAAAUGUAUUAGACAAUAUAUACUUAUAUAAAAAUAAUUAAGGUAUUUAGUGUUUAUAUACUUGUAGCAUUUGUAUAGUUAACGGUUUGGAUUUUUCUUUCACAUUUUAUGUUACUGAUGGCAGAAAGAGAGAAUGUUUAUUUAUU